ACUGAACCACUUUGACUGUAUUAUCUGUGUGGUACAAGAGUCCCAAUUCUACUCCCUUUCUUCAGACGUGUGCUGCCCUGUUUUCAAACCACUUUAAUUCAAACAAAUAUACCUGAAAAAUCUGCUAAUCCAAUCAACCUGCGACAUCCACUAGUUAUUUUCUGCCACUAGGGGGCUCUCAUAACAUAAUUAAAAACAUCAGAGGUAUUUUUAAAAAAGCCCUUACAAAACAAGUGUAAGAAACAUAACACUAAUGGACCCCACAUAUUAACAGGGGGAGAGAGUCUUUGAUCCUUUGAUGCAACAAAGCAAAUAAAAGAGCUCCUCCAACUGUCAGCAAUGCAACUGCCAUGAAACUUCACUACAAGUCAAAUCGCACAUCCAAACAUGGAGGCUGGUCUAACUGUGCUCCCAGAGAACAUCAAUCCCAGCACUUUUCCAGCCAAAUUAUGGCGUCUGGUGAACAACCCAGCUAGCACAGCCAUAUGUUGGGACCACCUGGGUAAGGCUAUUGUCAUCAACCAGGAACGUUUUGAGUCACAGAUUUUGUCGUCCACCAGUAGUCCCAACCUGGACAACACUGGCUCCUUCAAAACAACCAAUUUCUGCAGCUUUGUGCGUCAACUCAACUUGUACGGCUUUAAGAAAAUCAGUCCCGUGGCUGGGGGCACCUUAUCGAGUAACAGUGGCACAUACCACUGUUUUUUCCACAAAAACUUCAACAGAAACCAUCCGGAGCUUGUUGCAGAUCUGAGGAGACUCACUGCUGACAAUAAGGCCAAACUCAGCGCUGGUCUCAAAGUCAGUCAUAGACCGUGGAGCUCUCGAAGAGGAAGUGGUGAAGAAAAAGACAGCGGUGUAAAGAAAAGUAGUGUGUCACCUCAGAGCCCGACGACUCCCAACUGUCUGGAUACAGCUCCGACUAAAACAGCUCAUGCUGCGACUCCAGUCUACCCACUGUACCUGAUGACCAGCCAUGUUGAAGGCAUAGUGCUAACAGAUCAACCAGUAACUUUAAACCAGUACACUACCAGAAUACUCCCGUGUUCAAAUGUAAUACUCAUAAAACAGACGUUACCUGUGGGACUGACCCAACAAAGUCCCAACCUGACCAGUGAUUAUACUGGUCCUGGACUGAACCAGCCUGGACUGAACCAGCCUGGACUGAACAAGCCUGGACUGAACCAGCCUGGACUAAACCAGCCUGGCCUCUAUUCUCCAUGUUUUCAGUCCUACCAUGCAAAUCUAGAAUCGUUGCAAAUGACAGCUAGUGGACUUGACCGUAAGCCCUUUUCUCCACCCUCUAACCAGCAUUGCAUAGCAGUUGACGACCACCAGGAUCUGCUGUGUAAAACUUUUCAGAUUGCUGAGGAAUUGAUGCCACUUGCUGUUGGUAACGGCCCAGUUAGAGUUGAAACCUCAGAGGAAACUUUUUGAUUUUACAAGACAGAAAGAUGUUUGGAAGACGACAAACUCCACUACUCUACGUGAUAAACUUUUGAACAUUAACUUGAAUUAAUCCUACCUAUAAAACAAAAGGAGACACUCAACCAUGUUUUAAUGCUGAACUUAAGCAGUUAGUGUCAUUGCAACAUUUGUUUUAUUACUUUUAUUGUUUUGUUUUCUUCACGUUCUAUGUUGAUUUGACAUUAUAAUUACCAAUUUUCCAUCUGUUUUUAUGUACGUACUGUAAAUCCUGUCCAUGUGCACUGUAUUUUAUAAACUUGGAUUCAGUUUUCCAUUAUUUCGAAAAAGUAGUGUUUUAAUGUACAAUGUCAAUGAAACUAACAACCUAACGCACUUCUUCAUCAGUCUUUACAGUCUUUUCAAUGUUAGAUGACCCUCCAGCAGGGAGCAAAGUAUGAAGAAAUAAAGCUCACUAAAGUAACAUAUCGGUGAGAGCUAGUGAUGUCUCGAUAUUACAAUUAAUUGCGGUAUUAAGCACUACGGUUAAUUUAUCGUUACGUUUCCGAAAUACCGUAAAUAAUGUACCGGAACUAUAGUUAAGCGCAACUCUAACGGAACGAAAAUAAAGUUACACAACACCCGCGCGUUGCCGCGUGUGUUGCUUUGUUUUCUGUCCCUAUAAGUUCCAGAACAGAGGCGUGACCACAUGGGGAAAUGGCAGAAAAAGAGUUAUUCCCUCACACAGCGCAUUAAAUCAGUCGUGUUGGGUUAGUUUGGCUACAGAAGAAAAUGACCAGGGUGUCGUCGUGGAUGGCGGCUUACCAGCAUUUAUAUCAUGCCACAAAAUGAGGACGCAGAUCCAACAUGUUUCAUCACCUGCGGAUAAACCACCUGACAAUCCUCGCUAAAUAAAAGUCAGACAAACUAAAGUAUGGAUACCAGUGGAGUUUCACUCCCUGUCAACAUCAACCCCAGCUCUUUCCCAGCCAAAUU